CACUCCGGGGCUGCAGUUCACUCACCAUGGCCUCGUCUCCCCUCAGAGACUUUCUGGUUACAUAUUUAAUGCCAGAAAAAUGUUACGAGAGGAUUGUAGUGAAGCUUCAGCUGGACGGUCCUUGUUUAAAGUUUGUGCUGAACAGGAUCGUGGCAUUAUGCAUCAUACUGGACACCUUUUUAGCUCAGCUGCCUCAGCUGUUGAAGAUAGUGUGGAGAGGAAGUGCAGAGGGCCUGAGUCUGACCGCCAGCCUGCUGCAACUUUAUGCCUUCUCAUGUCCUGUUGUGUACGCCAUGACCAACAACUUCCCGUUAUUCGCCUGGGCUGAGAGGUUCAUCGUGUUGGCUCAGACAGCAGCGCUCGUCUUCCUCAUCCUGCAUUACCGCGGCGAAACCCUCAAAGGCAUACUGUUGCUCUUGUGCUACACCGGUGUGAUGUUCCUCCUGGGCUCCUAUACAGCUAAAGCUGUCGCCUCAGUGCUGCAGGACUCCAGACUGGCAGGUUUAAUUGCAAGCAAGGGUUUCCAGGCUCGUACAAACUACUGUAACGGUCACACCGGCCAGCUGUCCACCCUCUCUGUGUUGCUAUCAUGGACAGGCUCUCUGGGAGUUCUCUAUGUGUCUCUACAGGACAUUGAAAGCUGGUUUGAGGCUUUCUUACACGUUCUGUCAGCGUGCCUCAGCUGCGUCCUCCUGGCCCAGGUCCUCUGCUACAGGAGCAGCACGGCCACAACUCAAAAGAAGAGUGAGUAGAGGAGGAGGAGGAGGAGAAAUGGACUCGUGCAAACCCUGUCGCUUUAAAUAUGAUGGGUCAUUCUGUGCCACAUUCUGGCCUGACAGUUAAUACAGCACAGAAGUAGCAGCAACAUUUACAAGAUGAUUAUGUAAAACUAAAUCAAACAAGUCAUAUGAGAAGUCUUGUUGUCAUGCAAUUUGAUACCUUAUUUCUUACUUCUUUUAGUGUUUUAAGGGUGAGGGAUGAACAGUCUUUUGUCUCCCUCUAGUGGUUAAAGGGAAGAAUUACUGAACUGUCACUAACGGUUUGUUUUUGGGUGUGGUUGAAGUUGCCUGGUGGCUCUGUUACUAUUUUUCCAGCCACCUCAAAUUGUGGUUCACUAACUAUUUGCAGAAGUCAAAACGUGAAUGUUUUUAAUCCCAACUCUAAACUGGCUGAUCGUGUACAUCAGUGGAUAAGAAACAGUGAGGCUAAAACAAGAAGAGUUUCUCUUUUUUGUAAUAAGUGAGAGCUAUACCUAAAUCACACACGUGGUGUUAAAUAUGGGAGGAAGUCCGGUCACUCACUCACACACACACACUCACACAAACUUCCAUUGAGUCGUGUUUUUUUCACUUUCUAGUUCCUAUGAUGUGUUAAGGCAACAUCACGCUGGUGAGGCAUUCAUGUGACAGGGACGUUUCUGUAUGUAUGGUGACUGGAGAAAACGCUCAGUAAACUCUGUAAAAGUCACUCCAGUUGAAAUUGUGUUUUCUAUUUUUUAUGGUUUAUUUGAUAGUGACAGAUACAAUAUACAAAGACGCACUGAAAACAACAAUCCAAUGCAAGUAUCGUAGUGUUUAUAGCGAGGGCUAAUUUGCAACACUCGUCCCUACAAGAAAAAGGAGAAAGAGUAAACUGGGUAGAGCAAGAUGCAGUGAGAUAUUUAGCUGUGACGUUAAGUAGCUACAAAAAACUAAUCAUGAGUUCGAGUGUGUUUCUGAACUAACCAGCACUGGGUUGCUCUCUUAAAAGUAGUAAAGUUCGCAGUAAGCUUCAGGUGAUCAGGUAGCAAGUUCCAGGAUGUUGCUCCUUUCAUGCAGUACAGCUUCAUGUUUUUCUGUUUGGCAACAGAUAAUAUGUUAUCCUAUUUCUUUUCUAUUCCUCAACAGUAAAAUAGUUUCUCCAUAGAAGUCGUCUGUUACAGUGUUACGGGUUUAUUUAACGAGUCUCCAGGUUGUGUUUUGAUGUUCAUGGUGCAUGUCGCAGCUCACUCGAGCAGCUCGAGGGGUUACGAGCUUUAGUCAAUCAUUUAUCAGAUAUUUCUUGCUGCUCUUAGAGAUUGAACACCAAGCAGCUUGACGUCACAAACACUACGCUUCAAACACUUUGCUGGCUCAAGUAAAAAGAAAACUAAUGCAGUCGUGUUAAGCUUCAUAUAUAACUUUUAAAUACCUGAACAUGUCGAUGUUUACAGAUGUUGUGUCCCCCCAGGAGCUGCUUUUUAGAUGUAAGAACUUUAUUUUCUUAUUGCAAGCCGCUCGGUUCCUCCACCGAUUUUUUUUUUUUUAAUCUUCUGCAUCAAUGACACAUUAAGCGAGUUUGUUUUGGCAGGUUCUUGUUAUUUCCAUCCAACUGAGCGUAAUAAACGUGUAAUUGCUCAAUAAUUAUAAAAAAAAAAGUUUCUCUGAAGAUUUUUACCGUGUUUCAUGUUCAUCAUUUUUAACAGAUUUUUUUUUUUUUACUUUAAUAAACGUUGAACUGCAUUUAAACAGGAUGUGAUUUUUUUUAAAUCUGGACAUUAAUAAAGUGAAAUGUUGCCACAUCAACCGUAUGUGAGUGUAGGCUUAAAGAGUUAACCCAGUUGUUGCAUUAAGUCGCCUUCAGGACAGCCACAGGUGUAAAGUAUGAACAAACACUCCCUGUGUGUACGAAGCGUCCUGUAACAAAUAAACAGCCUCUGUUGCUGUUAUGUUUGCAUCUUCACUCAGCUAGCUUUCCGGACGAUCCCGUCAGUUAUCCUAAGUGUGUGUUUAUGGAUGUUGUGCACACGCUCCAGGCUAGGCCGGGACAUGCUGUAACAAAAAACAUGCUUUUUGUGCUACGCCUAGAAAAACCUGUAGGUUAAUCAUGUCAGAGACGGAGAGGCUAAGUGGCCUCGGUACGUUAGAACCAAAACGUUAUGUGAUUUUAAAUGUGUCAUUUUUUUAUUUGUUAAGAGAACUCCCAUGAUUCCACAAAGUAAAUGAAUGACACAACCUUCUGUUUACUCGUAACAGCUUGAAUACGUCAUUACAUU